CAUGGUAAAACAUUACAGAGAAAACUCAAGGUAAGACACCUUCAGAUGAUUUCCUUUGGGGGAACUCUAGGCGUGGGUCUAUUCUUGAAUUCUGGCAAAGCGUUCACAAUCGCUGGCGGUUUGGGCACUUUACUUGCAUUUGCUAUUUGUGGUACUAUUGUGUUGGCAACGAUCGUUUCCUUCUGUGAAAUGGUCACUUUUGUAUCUGUAGUCGAUGGGGUCUCAGGCUUGAGUUCCCGGUUCGUAGACGACGCUUUUGGGUUCUGCGUUGGCUGGCUUUAUUUCUUCAGUUUUGCAUUUGGUUUGGCAGGCGAAGUCGUUGCAAGCGUCAUCAUGUUGGCAUACUACCCUUCUCUAAAUAUUCCCGAAAGUAAAGGUAAUUCGGCUGGGUUCGUUACCUUGUUUCUCGGAUUGGUUGUGCUAUGCAAUUUGGUGGAUAUCAGAGUUUUUGGUGAAAUCGAGUAUAUCUCCAGUUUGAUCAAAUUAGUCUGGGUUUUGGCCAUGAUUGUCAUUAUGAUCGUAAUGAAUCGUGGAGGUUUCGACAACGGCGUUAUUGGCUUUAAGUUUUGGCAGCAUGAUCGAUCCGAUUUUGCUAAUAACCUUAUAUUCGGUUUGUUCAGACCUACAUUUAAUUUGCACGAUAAUGGUAGCAGCUCUGAAAGCGCCGGUAUUGGAAGUGACAAGGGUCGUUUCUUAUCUCUUGUAGUUGCCUUGAUGAUUGUUUCAUAUGCCUAUAGUGGAACGGAAAUCGUUUGUAUAGCUGCGUGUGAAGCACAGAACCCCAGAAAGGCUCUUCCUUCUGCUACAAAGAGAGUGUUCUGGAGAAUUCUUAUCUUCUACUGUUUGUCAGCCUUUGCGGUUUCGUUGAACAUUUAUGCUGGAGACCCCAGAUUGUUGAGAUACUAUCUGGGCAGUACAGGAGUAUCUGCAAAUGAGUUCAGUACCAACUAUGCUAUUAAAUAUGUUGGUGGAGUAAAUUGUAUCAGCGAUUCUGUAGUUUAUGCUGGUGUUGGAAGCGGCGCUCAGAGUCCAUGGAUUGUAGCAUUGCAAUCUGCUGCUUUGUGCAGAUUUAGUAAUGUUGUCAAUGGCUUUUUGGUAUUUUUUGCUGUCAGCUGUGGCAAUGCUCAGUUGUAUGUCAGUUCUAGAACAGUUUAUUCUUUAGCAUUACAGAAGAAAGCUCCCAAACAAUUGACUUACUGCAAUCGGUUUGGAAUUCCGUAUGUGGCUGUUUUAUUUGCUGCUAGUUUCGGAUUACUUUCAUACAUCUGUGUCUCAGAGAGGGCUACUGUAGUUUUCAUGAAUCUCACCAGUAUUAUUGCCUCGUCUGGUAUAUUUGUGUGGUUUGCCAUGAGUUUGUCGUUUAUAAGAUUCUAUUACGGCUUGCGCAGACGUCCAGAUAUCAUCAGCAGAGACGACAAGAACUAUCCUUAUAGAUCGCCCUUUCAGCCAUACAGUGCUUUUGUUGGGCUCAUUGGAUCUGCGUUCAUUAUUCUCGGUAUGGGAUUCGUUGUGUUCUUACAAGAUGAAUGGGAUACUAUGUUCUUCUUUUCCAGCUACGGUACACUUAUAGUAUUUGCCGUGCUUUAUGUGGGCUAUAGAUUGGUGAGAGGUACCAGAAUUCCUACGUUGGAUACGUUGGACUUUGACUCUGGUAGAACAGAGCUUGAUAGAGUGAUCUGGGACAGAGGGCGUGAGUACGACGCUGGAAACUUCAAGGACCUCACGCAAAAGUGGAUGUCGUUUUUGGCAUAA